UUUCGAAAAGACCAUGUAUUUUUCGUUUGGAGACGGAGCAGUGUACUUCGACUAGAUAUUCGAUUGUUUGUUUCACACUUGUUCGGUACUUUCGGUAAAAAUUUCGUCUUGUUGUUUUUGAAAAGUGAUACAUCCUUAGUCGUUUUUACAAUUAGUGAUCGACAGCUUCUCUUGUUUUAAAAAGAUUUUUCGAGCCGAGUGUAAAAAAUUCAAAUGGAAGACCAUCGUAUGUGUGAAGAGUUAGAAGCACAGAUAGCACCUCCGGUAGGUGUACCGCCAGACCAUGUGUUACUGCGUGCCAUGUGCUACUGUGGAAGGACAAUAUAUGAAUAUCCACUUCAUCCAGAUUUGUUAAUGGCGCAGAUUCGAAGGAGGAACCAAUUAUAUCACGACACUUCAAUAUAUAACCGGCCGCGGCUAAUCCGAGAAAAAUAUACGGAAUUAUACCGCCCGUUCGUGGGUCUAAGUGAAAAGCUGCGCGCGCAACGAUGGGGACCGUUUGUCAGAGACAGACCAACUGGUAGAGACGCGAUAAACAGACCAACUGUUAGAGACGCGAGAAACAGACCAACUGUUAGAGACGCGAGAAACAGACCAACUGUUAGAGACGCGAUAGACAUACCAACUGUGGAAGAUGCGACAGACGGACCAACUGAGGGAGAUGCGAUAAAGAGACUAGAAGAGUGAUACCACAAAGGCUGACGGAGUCUGAUGUGACUGACUAAGCAGGUCCAACAGAAAUCGUCGUCUAAUCGUGUAUA